AUGAAAGAUAUGGGUAUCACUACUCAAGGUUGGCUCGAUCAGAGAGACCUUAAUAAAGCUUGUCCAAAAGAUAGCUAUCCACUUCCUCAUAUAGAUCGCUUGGUCGAAGCUACGGCUGGUCACCAGCUCCUAUCCUUCAUGGAUGCGUUUUCUGGGUAUAAUCAAAUCAAGAUGGACCCAGAAGAUCAGGAGAAAACAGCUUUCAUAACAGACCGAGGUACUUACUGCUACAAAGUAAUGCCAUUCGGGCUAAAAAACGCAGGAGCUACAUAUCAGCGCCUCGUAAACAAAAUAUUUGCCGAUCAGCUCGGUAAAACAAUGGAGGUGUACAUAGACGACAUCCUGGUCAAAUCCUCAAGGGAAACAGACCACGUCGCACAGCUCAGGGUAUGCUUCUCCAUACUUAACAAGUACGGCAUGAAGCUAAACCCGACUAAGUGUACAUUCGGAGUUCCGUCUGGCGAGUUCCUCGGUUACCUAGUAACUGAACGCGGAAUCGAGGCGAACCCGAAGCAAAUCUCUGCCCUCUUAGAUAUGCCUUCUCCAGAAAAUACUAGAGAAGUACAACGGUUAACCGGUCGAAUAGCAGCCCUUAAUAGCGAACCUCCUAUAUUGGCAAAACCAGUAGAAGGAGAACCGCUAUACCUUUACAUCGCAGUCUCGCCUGCAGCAGUCAGCGGGGUCUUCGUUCUCGAAGAGCUAAACGAACAAAGACCAAUCUUUUAUGUAAGUAAAUCCCUGAUUGAUGCCGAGACUAGAUACCCAGCUAUGGAAAAACUUGCCUUAGCAAUAGUAAUGUCCGCUCGCAAGCUGCGACCUUACUUUCAAUCACACACAAUCGUGGUGAUGACCUCGCAACCAUUGCGAACUAUGCUACAUAGUCCAAGUCAAUCUGGACGACUUGCUAAAUGGGCUAUCGAGCUCAGCGAAUACGACAUCGAAUAUUGA